UUGGCAACAGUUAUUUUAAUUAAAUAUGGCAGCUAUGUUUAUUUUUUUAGUCUAUUCUAUUUCCAAAUCUCUCUCUAAAUAGAAAUCUUCCGAAUAUUCCGAUUUUCUUUCUUUGACGGAAUUCCACAUCACCACCUCAGUUCUUUAUAUUACUGAUAUGAAAUAUGAUUUAAAUGUGCUGUAAUUUGGGACCUAUUCACCUUCCAUGAUGUCUGAAAAAGACUUUGAUGUUUCUUCUCUUGAACUGAAAAAUAUUUUAAAACAUGUGAAGAAGGAAAUAGAAGACCCAGAUUUGUUAUCACAUCCUUGUGGAGAACAAGACUUCAAAAUGCCAGAGAUAAAAAUUAAGAAGAUAGAUGAAGAGGAAGCAGACUUGUAUACCCAGCAAUCAGAAAACUGUGCUGAAGCUUCUAAUUUGAAACGUGAACAUCAGGAAACUAUUAUAAAGCAAGAGAUUGAAAUGAGCAAUUGUACAGAAAGUAAUAAACCAUGGUCCAUGGCUUCAGGACUUGUGGCUGGGUCAAUGAAGACAAAUAACAGUCUUGACCCUGAACCUGUCAUUUCCCCAAAGUUUAAAACACCUUCUCACACUCAAAGUUCAGAAGAAUCAGCCAGUCAGUUGGAGGUGAUAAAAAAGGAAAAUGAAGUGACUUCAGAAGAUAAUGCUGAUAACAUUCAAAUUAAAUUUAAAGGGAACCAUUCCAAAGAAACUGUUUUGACAAAAAAAAUCAAAACUUAUAAAAAGCACAUAUGUCAGAUAUGUCUUCGAGAAUUUUCUCAAUCUUCCCACUUGAAAUCUCACCAAGUGACUCAUACCGGUGAAAAACCAUUCAAAUGUCAGAUCUGUCUUAAAGGAUUUUCUCAGAAUUCCAGUUUGUAUACUCACCAAGUGAUUCAUACAGGUGAAAAACCUUUUCAAUGUCAAAUCUGUCUCAAACAAUUCUCUCGAGCCUCCAAUUUGAAAUCUCACCAAAGAGUCCACAAAGGUGACAAACAAUUUAAAUGUCAGAAUUGUCAAGAAGGAUUUCCCCAGUAUUCACUUUUGAAAGCUCAUCAGUUGGUUCAUGCUGGUGAAAUCAUUAAAUAUAUAUAUAUAUGAAGUAGCAGUGUCUGGAAUGGCCUUAAAACAAAAAGUGCAGAAAAUCCUAAAAACUGCUACUAAAGCAAUUGGGAACAAAGAAAUCCAACCUGGACAACUGUUCUAGAGAAACAUUCAUAAGAAUGCUAGAAAGAUUUUUUAAAAUAAAAUACUACCCUCUGGAUCAGGAUUAUGGGAUUUUAUCAUCACAACAAGGGGGAGCAACCAGUAAUGAAGAGUUACAUGAACAAGAGACUUAACUCCAUUGUUCCCUUGGCAAUUAAACCAUUAAAUAGAAGUGAACUCACUGACAUACAAAUUUCAUGUGCAAUGUCUGAGUGAAAGUGGUGUAUAUCAUUUUCUAUAGUUAUCAGUUUUUUUUAUUGAUGGCACAAGUAGUGCGACAAAUUUCUUCAUGGAUAAUAAAGAUUU